AUGGUUUCAGUGUAUGUUUCAGGUGCCAGUGGUUUCAUAGCCCAACACGUUGUAAAACAAUUGAUUGAAAAACAAUACAAGGUUGUUGGUUCGGUCAGAACAGAGGAGAAGGGUGAAUUGUUGGCUAAGCGUUUUGGUCCUCUUUUCACUUUUGAAGUAGUUAAGGAUAUCAGUAAGACAGGAUCUUUUGAUGAAUCAUUGAAAAAACACCCAGAAGUGACAGUUUUUCUUCAUACAGCCUCACCAUUUUUCCUCAAUGCUGUUGAUGUUGAGAAGGAGUUGUUAGAGCCUGCAGUAGAGGGAACGAAAAAUGCUUUGUCUUCGAUAAAAAAUCAUGGCCCCCAAAUUAAACAUGUGGUCAUAACUUCUUCAUUUGCUGCUGUAAAGAAUGCGGCUCAUGACAAAGAUCGUGAUUUUGUUUUAACUGAAGAAUCUUGGAAUCCUAUCACUAGAGAAGAGGGCCUCAGUAAUCCAGGACUAGGUUAUUUGGCUUCGAAGACGUUUGCUGAAAGAGAAGCUUGGGAUUUUGUUAAGGAAAACAAACCAAAUUUCACCUUGGCAACUAUCAAUCCAACCUUUGUUUUUGGACCGCAAGCGUUUGAUGAUGACAUUAAAGACUCAUUGAACACCUCAGCUGAAGUGAUCAAUAAUCUUCUCAAGUUAAAACAAACAGAUUCAAUUCCUGAAAGUCAAUCCGGUUAUAUUGAUGUAAGAGAUGUUGCCAAAGCUCACUUGACUGCUUUUGAGAAUAAGCAGCUGUACAAUCAGAGACUUGUGGUUUUUGCUGGUCGUUAUUGCAGCCAAAUGCUUAUUGAUAUUAUCCAUGACAAGUUCCCUGAACUAAGUAAGCAAGUGCCUGUAGGAAAACCGGGAACUGGCCAAAAGUUUAUCAAACAGUUUUGCGGAUGGAAUUUCAAAAAGACAGAGGAGAUAUUGGGGUUCAAAUAUAUUACCUUGGAGCAAUGCGUUGUUGAUUCCGUUGAGCAAAUUCUUAAAGCAAGACGUUCCUCCUAG